GCCGCAGGUCGCCGCCGUGCCGCGUGUCGUGUGAGCCUGACUCGCCGUCAGAGUGCCGUGCCGUCCGUCCGCGCAGUGCCGCGCAGUGCCGCGCCGCGACAGUGCACCUGUGGGGGCCCACGCCGUGCCAGGGCCACACUCAGGGCCACCUUGGAGGGGCCGCCUUGGAGGGGCCCAGCGCACCGCCGCCACCAUGGCCCGCAACGUGUGACAAAGUGAAUUCCGUGUGUGUGAUGAAGUGAUAGUGCAGUGUGAUAACAGUGACAACAUGAGUUCGUACCAGUUCGUCAGCUCGCUCGCCUCCUGCUACGCCAACCAGGCCCAGCAGCAGGCGCGCACGGGGGCUUCCCCGGUGGAGGGCCCCGGGGGCCACCACCAGCAGCACGCCGGCGCGGCCACCUCGCCCGGCGGCGAGUACUACAACAACAACGCGAGCUACAGCGCGUCGCCGACAUGCUACUCGCCGCAGGGCUACCCGCAGCAGGGCUACGGGCACAUGAGCAACGACAUGAUGGACUACACGCAGCUGCACCCCGCGAGCCACCAGCGGACACACCUCCAGCACCACAUGCCCACCAGCCCGGCGCCAGGGCCCGCCCCGCAGACGCCCAGCGGGCUGCUCAGCCCCGGCGGCGUCAACAGUAGCUGCAAGUACGAGGGCAUGCCCGGCGGCCUGGCACCCUCCGUGUCCUCGCCGCAGGACCUGAGCAGCUCGUCGUCCUCGGCCACCAAGUCCACGGCCAGCGCCAGCAAGGCGCCGCCGUCGUCCGUCACGUCCCCGGUGACCGUGUCCACGCGGCCGUCGUCGUCGGCGUCCCCGGGCCUCAACGAGGCCUCGCCGUCGCCCGCGUCCUCCACGUCGUCCACCUCGAGUGGCAACAACAACGGCUCCUCCAAGUCGGGGGGAGGGUCCGGCAGCUCCGCCAACCCGCCCCAGAUCUACCCCUGGAUGAAGCGGGUCCACCUCGGCCAGAACCCACGCACCGUCAACGCCAACGGUGAAACGAAGCGGCAGCGGACGUCCUACACGCGGUACCAGACGCUGGAGCUGGAGAAGGAGUUCCACUUCAACCGCUACCUCACGCGGCGCCGGCGCAUCGAGAUCGCGCACGCCCUGUGCCUCACGGAGCGACAGAUCAAGAUCUGGUUCCAGAACCGGCGCAUGAAGUGGAAGAAGGAGCACAAGAUGGCCAGCAUGAACAUCGUGCCGUACUACCACAACAUGAGCAUGUCAGCCAUGACCAACUACGGCGGCUACCCCAGCCCGCACCAGUUCGCCCCGCCCGCGCACCACGCGCAGUUCACGCACCUCACCACCUAGUAUUAGACCGCCGUGUCGAUGGGGAACCUGGGGAACCUGGCCAACCUGGGGAGCAGGGCGGGAUCGGCCCUCAACGCCGCCCUGGGCCCCAGCUUCGGCUCGGGCUCCGGUCCAGGCUCCGGCCCAGGCUCAGGCCUCGGCUCAAGCGCCGGCCUGGGGCCCCAGAGGGGUGCCCCCGACCCCUGGGCCGGCGUGCCUGGCGUCCCCGGUGUCCCCGUUGAUACGGACUUCAAGUACAGCCCGUCGCCGCAGCCCCCCGGCGAGGACUACUGGUGAAGGACUGGUGAGGUGGCGGCUGGUGGGGCAGCCGCGGGGCGGGGCCGGCCUCAAAGUGAUAAAACUGUGCGAGUGGACGCUGCAAGCUGCAACGAGGAGUAGUAGUUAAGUAGUUUUACGGAAAGGAUUAAGAAAAUAAUUACUUCGUUCGUAGGGACGGUUUUCACAUAGCGCCCUAGGGGUGUUAUACCUUAUUCUACUAGUCACAUUAAAAAAUUAAAAUGAAAGGACUCUGAAUUGAGAUUUUCGUAUCGACUCGGUGUAGUUUCUAAAUUUGUUCUUUAUAUGAGUGAGAAUGUGAAUUUUGUUCUUUUUUUAUGGAAUGGGGAUCCCCCCACAGUCGAGCGAUGAAGGAAGACUGCUAAAAGGCCUUGGCUUGUUCAUACCUGGUUGUCAUUUUCUUGUUCUCUAUAGCCUCGCCUUGUCUCGUAGGUGAAUCGCAAUUCGAAAUCUGCAUCCUGGGUUUUGUUUAAACUCACCAAACUGUUGUUAAGCUUUUUGAUUUGUAUCGCUGUGUUUGUGUAUCUGGAAUGUGAUAUUUGAUAUUUUGUGCACAUAUAGCUGAAUUGAUGUAGUUAAUUUGGUUUGAACAUGUCUAACAGUGAUAUUAGUUGUCUACAGAUAUAGGUUUAUAUACUCGAAUAGUGUCAAAGCUACAAACAAACCAUCAAGGGCAAUUUGUUUUUAUUUGUCACAUUUACUGACGUUAUGUGUACCGUGCUUUAAUGUGAGCUGUCAUUUGUUAGUUAAUUUGACUGCUUCUAUCUACAUUAAGUAAUUGUUUGGUAACAUUCCAUUGGUGUCUUUUCACCAAAAUAUAGACACGUUUUUAGAGAAAAACAAUACGAAAGCAAAAUAUUAAUUUACUUUGAGGCUCAAAGUAUUCCUGGAUGUCGAAAAUUCAAUAUUUGGCGAUAGAUUGCUGCUAAAGUAAUCGUUUUGAAUGUUACAUUUGCCAUAAUGGUACAAGUAGAUAACUGAAACGAGAUCGUAGAAUGUUCAAGCAGUUCCUGUUCGAGCAACAUUUUUUUUUUGCACCCUUGGUAAUUGGGUCACAUAGAUGACGUGGAGAUGGUGUUUGGCCUGAUUACCGUCUUCAAAAGAAUAGAAGUUGUUGCUCAAAAGCACACGGUCCCUGCGCAUAGCGCACUGGCGCUACAUUGAUCUCAAUUUCGUGGGAGCAAGUGUGCUCUAAAAACAAAACGUUAGGAACACAGUUUCGUUUUUAGAAGUGUAUUGUACAUUUUGUGUAAUAGAUUUUGAGACUUAUGUUUGUUUCAUUCGUUUUUGUUAACAAAUUACGUUGUGUCAUUAUUUUUUGUUGAGUGUACAGACCUAUUUGAAAGCUGGUUACGUUCUUUUGAUUUAAAUGUUAUGGCCAAUUUUCUUUUCUGUAAAAGUUAAAAAGGUUUCUUGUUGUAAAGUAAUUGAUAUAUUUGUACCUUUGCACAUUCGUCUUCGUCAAAUUUUUAUGAGACCUGUUACAUCUUGUACAAUCCUGUGCUGGGGUGUCUUUAGUACGAGGAAAAAUUUUGCUUCAAACCAAAUACUGUACAUGAGAGUGCGUGCAGAAAAACUCAAAUACGUAAACUUGAUUUAAUCUUAUUUAAGAAACGAAAAGAGUGCAAUUAAUUUUCUGAGUCAUUGUAUACCAAAUCCUGUUGCAGAUUAGAAGUUUGUUUUUGUUAAUUGUUCGUCAAUAAACUCAACUGCACUCAUUACCGACCGAGUCGUGUCUUUGCGACACAGACAUCAAAACGCACCGUACUUCUGAUUCUUAAGACCCAGUAUUUUUUAUAAACAUACAAUAUAUAUUUUGCAUAUAGCUUAACUGUGUAGUGAUGAUCGUGUACACAUAUUUCAUCGUCCUACGGCCCGAUCCUGUGAUUUGAUAGGACGACCAAAUUUUGACAUAAUUGUUUUAUUAUUAUUUAUCUAUUGUUUUAUUCUGUAAAAUGUUUCAACCCCUUAUAAAUAAUGAUUAUAAUUAUUAUAGAAAUGUCGUAAAGUGUCUAUACUGUGUACAAAACAAAUUUUAUGGAAAUAAAAAGUGCAAUAAGACCUUAUGCGUUCCAAAACGAGAAACAAGCA